AUGUCUUCCCGGAAGCCAGCAGUCUCGGAGAGCACUAAGGGCCCCCCACAGUCCUCCUCUACAUCCUCUCCUGCUUCUCGGAAGGGUGGCGAGACGGUGAGGGCCAUCUGCCGGAGCACCGGGGCCAAGAUCGACUGCAACCACGACGGGGGGCAGGGCGCCCUGUCGCUCACCCGCCUCGUCACCAUCUCCGGGACUCGCAAGGAGGUCCAGGCUGCCAAGGAAUUGAUUCACGAGAAACUAUCGGAGGACGAAGCUUUCCGCACUAAGUUGUUGCAAUCGGUGUCGGCGCGCGCACAACGGAAGCAGCCGCUGGGCACCCGGAAGGAGAUGGCGGCGGCCGGCGACUCCACUCAGCAGCCUUAUUCGCACGCGGAACCUCGCAGUCAGAUGCCGGAAGUGGAGUACCUCCCCGGAGAGGCUGGUGAUGGGCCGCAGGAAUAUCACUCGAUGGAUCCCCCGGAGCCGAGCGGAGCAGAAUCCCCAGUAAACCCCUGGUCUGCGCUGAACUCCGUCCUUGAAUUCCCCAGCCCGGAUUUCAGCCUCCACAGCCAAGAUCACCUGGAGGUCUACGUCUCGGCCUCCGAGAACCCGGGCCAUUUCUGGAUCCAGAUAAUCGGCGCAAAGGCGCUCCAUCUGGACAAACUCAUCCAGGAGAUGACAAAAUACUACGAGAACAACGAUUGCGGCGAGUUGGAAAGCGUGCAGGUGGGGGACAUUGUAGCCACCUACUACCCCGAAGACCGUUCCUGGUAUCGGGCCGAGGUCUUGGGGACCUUGGACAACGGGAACCUGGAUAUUUAUUACGUGGAUUUUGGGGACAACGGAGAGGUGCCGCUCGAGAAGCUGCGGCUGUUGCGGAGUGACUUCCUAGGCCUCCCCUUCCAGGCCAUCGAGUGCAGCUUGGCCGGUGUGGCCCCCACUGGUGGGUCCCGCUGGGAAGAAGCCGCCCUGGAUGAGUUCGACCGCCUGACCCACUGCGCCCAGUGGAAGCCGGUGUUUUGCAAGAUCUGUACCUACGCGCCCGUAGGGGACGGCAGCGUGCGGCCGUGCGUCCGCUUGUUCAAGCCCGCCGACGGGCAGUUUGUCGAUGUGGGAGAGGAACUGAUCCGGUUGGGCUACGCGGUGCGGAGGUUGUCGGACGGAGACGAAGACGCCGCGAGAGAGCUGCCCCGGAACUUGGAAGCCUGUAGAGGGAUGUCGGCGUGGAAUUUAUCCGAGACCGCCUCCGUGUCGGAAGGGGACGACUCAGUGAUGCUAUGAGCCUCCGAAGGCAGGCAGAUUUGCUGAAAGUUUUAUUUCUUGGAAGGGGGAACCACAGAAAGAUCCCACCCGCCGGAGGGACCGUUGGGAAUAUUGUGGGGGGGGGGGACAUGCCAGCCCCCCCCCAGCAAUCCCUCUGCUCACCACCCCCCAAAAAAGGGGGGGACUUCUACUGGCACUGGGUAGCUUUUGAACAUCAAGCUUGAGUUUUCAUCUAGUUUCAUCCGCCUGCAUCGCUAUUUCUCUGGGAAAGUUGCAUAAAAGAGCAGAAGGGGCUGGCUGUUUCUGCCCCCCUCCCCCCAAAAAUAUCUUGAGUUUAUGUUCACGUUGGGCAGUUAAAGACCCUGAUUCCAUCCUUCGUGUUUGUUAACUACGAGACAGCUGCAGAGGCCAAGAUGUCUCGAUUUAUACAUAUAUAUAUAUAGAUAUAUAUUGUCUGAAAUAAAGG